CUCUAUUUAAGCUUAGCUACGAGGAUGUCGUAAGCAAGCCGUCACAAUGUAGUCGUUCAAUAAAACGUCAGCUGUGAGCUCUUAUGAGCUCACUGUGGAUUAGUCUCGAUCAAUCGAUCGAGGAUACCACGUAAAAAUCCCUUGUGUUCUGUGUUCGUUUCAAUUCCGCAUCAUCAAAUUCUUCAUAGUAUCAGAGCUGUAGAUCCAGCUUGUCUUCCGCACAUCAGCGAUGUUCAUCCCGCUGGCUUGUUUUGUUCAUCAGCGAUGUUAUUCCGCUGAGCAUAGUCGACCUAGGCGAAGUCCAUUCCGCCGUGGGUCAUCAAUCGCCAAUCAUUCGUGGUUGUUGUCAUCAGGAGAGCCGAGGUUCAUUCCGGCCUCCAACUCUGUCUCCGGCAACUGGGUUCACGCCAUCAACGACGACUCCGUGGGCUCGUCGCAAGUCACCAAUCGCCAUCCCCACCAGAUCGAUGCUCUUUUCCCACAGAUCAGCCUCCGAAAUCGACGUCGGCCGCUCAGAUUCGAUCUCCCGCCGUCGCGACUUCUCUGCCUGUGCUGCCGUAGUCUUCUGUCUCCGCUUUCGAAGGAACAAUGACGAAGUCCUUCCGGCUGUCGCUUCUUCCUUCCUCGUCGCCAGGAGAGCAGAUGUCCACUCCGGUCUCCGACUGCGUACCGUCGUCGUUGCCGUCAAGACGAGAUCUCUCGAUCCGCCAUCAGAUCCAGCCGAUGCGCCAUCAUCAGAAGAACCAUCGUCGCCGGCCGUUCUUUUUGGACAAUAAUUGUUCAAAAGAGACGAAGGAGAUGGGACAAGAGAAACAAAAGGGUUAGCGUGGAUCAGAAGUGGCGGAAGCAACCAACAGAAGGGUUUCACCUUCAAGCUUCAUCUCUUCCGUGGGCUUCAAUAGGUUGGGCCUAUUCUGUCUCUAGUCUCACUAAAAUUGGUUUAAUGGGCUCUAAGACCUUUCAUUGGGGUUAGACCUUUUAUCGGGUAUAAGAAGCAACAACUUUUGAAGAAAAAUCACAAGAGCAGGAUGUCUUGAGCACUUUAUCAACGUUUGGUGGUGAUUUACACAGUUCCUUCCCAAUUAGUUUUUUUUUGUCAGUUUGUUGUUUUCACUUUGCAGAGGAAAGCAAGCGAAUCCCCAAUCAUAAAAGCAGUGAAGAGGCCUUCACGAUCCAUAAAAUGGUCGAUCCAUAAAAUGGUCGUCCCCUGGCGUUCAAAAAGGUAGUACGAUAAGAGAAGUUAUCGUCCCUUUAUCGUCCAGCUGGCAUUCACGAUCCAAGAAAUGGUCGUCCCCUCUUCGGAUUCAUUAUUGGGCACGUAUCAACCAUUCAUCGCUUUUCAAGCAGGGCAUUCACGAUGUUCAUGCUCCAACUUGAGGGGGAGAAUAGGAGGUCAACAUACGUCGGUCGACUACCUUAGUCAUCAGGUUGACCGCGAUGUACCAAGUGUGUUCAAGUUCAAGAGACGUAGUCAAUCGUCUCCAUGAUUAGGUUGUUCAGAGAGAGUCAGUCGUCUCCAAUCAACCUUGUCCGAGAUGUUAUUCAUCUCGAGUUUUGUGGUUCAAGCUAUCAUGCUUGUUCUUCACAUUUACUUCUUCAAGCUCGACAUUCUUGUCGUUCAUGUCUUCGCUUGAGGGGGAGUGUUGCGGUUACUUAAACCGUAUUAGUGGGCCUUGUUGGGCCUUGUCCGAGUUGUAGUAGGUAUGGAUAUGCGGCCGUACUCGACUCUUCUCAUUAGGAUUUUAACCCUAGUCUAUCUCUAUUUAAGCUUAGCUACGAGGAUGUCGUAAGCAAGCCGUCACAAUGUAGUCGUUCAAUAAAACGUCAGCUGUGAGCUCUUAUGAGCUCACCGUGGAUUAGUCUCGAUCAAUCGAUCGAGGAUACCACGUAAAAAUCCCUUGUGUUCUGUGUUCGUUUCAAUUCCGCAUCAUCGCAAGCCGUCACAAUGUAGUCGUUCAAUAAAACAUCAGCUGUGAGCUCUUAUGAGCUCACCGUGGAUUAGUCUCGAUCAAUCGAUCGAGGAUACCACGUAAAAAUCCCUUGUGUUCUGUGUUCGUUUCAAUUCCGCAUCAUCAAAUUCUUCAGCUGGUGGCGGCGGAUAUCAUCGUCUGUCGAUUGUUUUCAUGGACAGCUGCAUCCAAAGGCUCGAGGAAACUAAAAGCACAAAGAAGAAGCAGGAGAACGAAAACAGCCUUUAUUUUCAUUGCGGUUUUCGCCUAUGGACAAGUGGGUGAGUGUUACCGUCGAGCUAUUGCACUAUUUAUAAUAUUAAUCAUGGAAGCCUAAUGAGCAAUUAAUUACUUCUUUAUCUAUAGGAGUUGCCAUAUUGAUAAUUACUUAUUUUAAUACAUGUUUCGAGUACUAAUUAAACUAUUAUUACUUGGAUGAAUAGCUUGAGCCUCGAGCCAGAAAGGACCCCAAACAACAAUAAACUCAUUCGUUCAUU